UGACGUAAUUUCCUGCCGGCGGGCGGAAGUGGCGCUGACAAUGGCGGAGCUGAAGAGGUUGCAGAACCGUCUGGAAAAGCUCGAGACUCAGCUGUACGGAGAGAGAGGGAGACAGGCCGGACAGUUUACAGAUGGCAUCGUAAAAGUUCAGGCUGCACUGGGGAAUAUUUCCAGCAAAAGAGAGAGGAUAAAAACUUUGUAUAAGAAGAUUGAUGAUCUGAUAAAGUACUUGGACCCUCAGUAUAUUGAUAGAAUUGCUAUCCCAGAUGCCAUGAAACUAGAAUUCAUCCUAGCAGAGGAACAUUUUAUCCAUUCUCAAGUGCGCCUUUUAGAAUCUGUGAAAAAGCAUCAACCAUACCUUGAGAGUGAACACAUUAAAGCUGUUCCAAACUAUUCAUCAAAGGUGCAAGCAUUGACCCAGGUUCAAAUUCAGGAGCAGGAUCAAUGUAAUGCGAUUACAAAAGAUGUAAGCAAGAUGCUGGAUGAGUAUAACAAAAUGAUUCUACUCCUCUCAAAGCAGUUUGUUCAGUGGGAAGAACUACUAACCAAGCUUGAAGCGGCAAAGCAAAUGAAGCCAAUCGCUGACUGAUAUCACAUCACAUACCCUGGGUGGAUCAAAAUAUUAUGUGGAAGUGGAACAAACCAUUCUUUUUGCUAUCUAUAUAGUAUUGUAUAUGUAAUUAGUAAUACUGAAAAUAUUAUUAUUUGAAAAUAUUCUCUAGGAUGUAUUUCCUAUUAAAAUGUCUUGCAAUUGGAGAACUAGCAUUGUAUUAUAGUGUGGCAGGAUGAAUGUCCUAUUAAUUUGGAGUGUCACAUUUCUAGGUUUACAUUCUAAUAUUUAAAACUUGAGCUAACCAUAUAAUGUAAUUAUUCAUAUUUUAAAAGCAAUGGUUUAUUCAUAUUUGCCAAUGAUUGCCUUCCUUUUACAGCAUUUAAAGAUUGGGUAUUAGUAUAAUAUGAUGCAAAACUAUUUUGUGCAACCUCUGUAAUAUAGAAUAUUUUGCAGUUUACUAUCUCAUUCGACAGUUUGUUAAGAGGAUUGUAUAUAGUUAUAUUAAAUCCUUUUCUGUUUUGUUGGCUACUAUGAUAAUUAAUCUGCAGUCUGAGAACUAAAUACAAUGUUAUGGGAGGGGGGAGGAAUUUAAUAAGUUCCAGUGCAAUCCCUGCCAAUUAUGGCUAGAUACCAAAAGAGUUCACUGAGCACAAUAUGAAAGGGGGAUGGUUUGGUUUGAGCAAUAUGCUUAAAGAAUACAUUAUACACUUAAAGUCUUGAGCAAAAAUUGGUAUUAGCGAAAAUAGCUAAUAAAGUCACCUGGUUAUGCCAAGCAAGGUUCUUCCUUUGUAUUAGCCAUUAGAUUAAUUUGCUAUUGCCCACUCCCAAGGAAAUAUUAAGACACCUCCCCCUGAAGAAAGGACUCUUGAUUAAAUUUAAAGAGGUUUGAAGGUCAUCUGUGUCCGAUAUUCCCAGACAGUUUCCCAUCUAAGUGUUAACAAGCUCAGACCUGGUUCAGGUUCUGUUUUAAUUUGAGCUAAUGGAAUGGUGGAGCUAAUCCAAUUUUAUGAUGAUGCAGCAGGUGUUUCCCAUUAAGAGGACAAAGCUAUGAAAAGCUCGUGAGGGAGAUAUGACUCAUGUAAUAUUGUUAAAAUAAACCAAAUCUAAAUAACUAAAUCAAAUGCAUAUAUUAAAGUCCCAAAACUUAGUGGUCAUGGAAGUAUUCCAUUCACUACAAUAACUGGAUUGCAGUGUGUCAUUUCACAGGAAUGUCAUCACAAGAAUUCUAGGCAGUAAACCAUGAGUUAUCCACUGAGCUGUGCACAUGUACAUGUACACAUGCAGAAAGGGGCAGGUGAUGACUAACCAGUCAAUUGAGCUAUCGUGCAUCUGGGCUAGGCAUAACCUUUCCAAGCUUUCAAGCCAUUUCCCCCUCAGCCAAGAGAAGUAAAACAGUCUGGGCUCAGAACUUAUCUAGCAGCAGCUUUGUUUUCCCUGCUUAAUUUUUUUUCUUUCCUCUGCCCUUAUUCCAUCCAUUAAAAUAUAAAAUAUUACUUGAAUAUCUUUUCCUUCCACAUUGGGGUGUCAGUCAUCUACCAUCUGGUAUCUUAAGUAAUUCUAUAUUUUUUUUAAAGUUGUGGAGUUUCUUUUCCAUAUCGACCAUCUUUUUUUAUUCGUUCAAUGUUCUUAAUGCCACUGCUUCUAAGUUUUCUCAUAUCUGAACAAAUAAAUCUUUGGUAAUAUGUGAACUGCAA